GACUCACUAUACUGUGGAUCUAUUUAUUUUGAAUUCUUUAUGACUCAGGGCAGUACUAUAAUGGCUGUAUGCUGCUGUCACUUCCAAAAUUCACUUCAAAUUUGGUUAUUAAAUUGCAGUUGUUGUGAGUCCACAGAUUUCCGGGAAUGGUAAUGUCACUGGUGAUUGGUUGUUGGUGGUCCGACAUGGGGUUGUUCCCACACACACUGGGAUGGGGCACCACUGUUGGAUAAAGACAUGAUCCACAGGUGUAAUGUUUCAUUCCGUUGGACGUUUCCCCUGAGUACAACUGAUAUCAUAUAAAUGCCAGAGGAUCCCCAUUGACAUGAGCAGAUAUGUUGGGGAUGAAUGAAGGUCGUGUUACCUGGUGCAGCGUUUUACAAGGAUUACUGGCUUACUCUACUUCACUCACAGAUGGCUGUGUCGGUGAGGGGUCUGUACUUUGUGGUGACCCUCUUCUUGGGCAGCUUCUUCGGCAGCAUCUUCAUGUUGGGUCCAGUCUUGCCCCUCAUGCUGCUGUCUCCCGCUUGGUACCGCUGGAUCACAGACCGCAUCGUAGCUACCUGGCUCACCCUUCCUGUGGCCCUGCUUGAGCUGGUGUUUGGAGUGAAGGUGGUAAUAACUGGAGAAGGUUUUGUUCCUGGUGAGCGCAGUGUCAUCAUCAUGAAUCACCGCACACGGCUGGACUGGAUGUUCCUGUGGUGCUGCCUUCUCAGGUACAGCUACCUCCGGCUGGAGAAGAUCUGCCUGAAGGCCGCCCUCAAAGCUGUGCCUGGUUUCGGCUGGGCAAUGCAGGUGGCCUGCUUCGUCUUCAUCCAGCGCCGAUGGGAGGCGGAUAAGGAGCACUUGGAAAACAUGCUGGACUACUUCUGUGAUAUCAGAGAACCGCUGCAGUUGCUCCUGUUCCCCGAAGGGACAGAUCUUACCGAAAACACAAGAACAAGAAGCGACGCGUUCGCAGCUCAGAACAACCUGCCGAAGUUCGAGUAUGUGCUCCACCCUCGCACAACUGGAUUCACCUUCAUCGUGGAGCGACUGCGGCAAGGCAACAACUUGGAUGCAGUUCAUGACAUCACAGUGGCGUACCCAAAGAACAUCCCUCAGACCGAGCGCCAUUUGGUGCUGGGGCUUUUCCCCCGGGAGAUUCACUUCCACGUCUCUCGCUUCCCCGUAGCAGCGCUGCCGGCGUCGCCCGCCGCUCUGGAGUCGUGGUGCCGAGAGCGCUGGGCAGAGAAGGAGGCUCGCCUGCGGGACUUCUACUCCAGCGAAGUGCGGGGCUUCGAAAAGGACGGGGUUGUGCGCGUGCCGCCGUGCAAGUCCGAGCUGCGGGUGGCUCUGAUCAAAGCCGCCUCGCUGCUCUACUGGACCAGCUUCAUCGCGUUUUGCUUCACCGGCCUCUGGCUCUGGUGGAGCUUCAGGGUGUAUUUCCUCUUCAUGGUGGCGGUGUUUAUGGUCCAGCAGAAGCUGGCAGGAGGGAUGGAGCUGCUGGAGCUGGCCUGUCACCGCCACUGGAAGUCUCUGUCUUCAGAGAGUGAGAAGAAUAAGCUGCUGGACGGGAAGGUGCAGUGAUAAAAGGCCUGCGCAGGAAAGACUGUCGCUUGUUUCAGCUCCGCCUUGCCUCUUAAAGGGAGCAGCAAGUGUCUGUUCUGACGCUUCAUGUGGCGUCGGUUGAGACCGGAGGGAAUGUAACAGAACCAUUGAGCUCACCUUUUGAUCCCGUGCUAAGUCAAGUUAGUUGCGCCAUACCUCAUGAGAAAGUUGUGGGGACAAGUGUUUGUUGCCAUUGUGUGUGUGCGUGUGUGAGAUUAUUCCGGAACAGAGCCAUAGUACAGAUCAGCUGUAUGUACGAUGCUGGUGAGCCAACAAUCAUUACAUUGUCUUCAGGACACCAGCACCUUCCAACUGAGGGUCCUCAACUGUCCAAACACCUUGUUUCUGUUGCCAAGCUCCAGGUCAUGAACACAACACUAUUAAAUUCUGUUCCUCAGUUUGGUCACGUGGGAGCCUUCACUCUACUUUACUGUACCUGCUGUUAGGGGGGUGAAAUGCUCUGAUCUCUAAAUGCAGAACGUGAGUCAGAGCUGAAACCAUCCAGUCCAAGAGCAGGAUGAGGCAGACCUUGCUCCAGUGUGCUCCUGACGUUCCGCUCAUUUUAACAAGGAAAAAGUGCGACCCGGGCGCAACAUCUGUCGGCUCGAUCUCUGAGGCCAACCCCCAAGUGUGCUCAUAUCUGAGUUGUAUUUUUCAAAUUCAAAACGGGUAAAUUUGUGAUCCUCUGUUGUGUUUGUUGUGUUUUUAAAUGUCUUUGUCUUUAGCGUUUUAAGCUGUUUGUUGUUAAAAACAAAUGUGUUCUGUUUAGCUAGUCGGAUAAGAACAGAAGCCAAAGUUGAGAAACGGAGCUGAUGUGUCGAGAUCCGGGAGAAUGUUCAUGAGGGGGGCGGGGCUUGUUGUCCUCGGCAACCGUGAGCUAACACGGUUGUAAUGAGCUUUGUGUCCUUUCCUGGAUGUCCAGUGAGGCCCGGCUGCCGCUGGAAGAAUGUCCUGUUGGGACAACAGCAGGCUGAAAGGAGCGCGGCCAGACUUGGAGUGGAAAAGUGACCCGAUCCAAAAAUGCCCACCUCGUCCCGUGCCCCUCCGCAGGACUGGCAUGGAUGCGCCUGCUAAACUCAAUUAGCGAAUGACAGCUGAGAAAGCCGGUCCGAUUGUGCCAAACAAGGGCAGCGGCUGGAUUGGCACCCGUGGUUUCCAACUUUAUUCUGGGAGCGGUGAGCAGUGGCAGGAGGAGGCAUCCUUCGAUCGCUGUGAUCUGACCGUCAGAUAUGUCUUCAGCAUGUGGUAGAAAAGGCUUCCUAGCUUCAUGUCAUGGUCGCUCUGCUCAUGCUGGACCUCUUAAGGUGCUCAGGUAAACACUGCACACUGUUACAAGCCUGGCUGUUGGAGAGGCAAAUAAACAUGACCCUUUUCACCA